AUGACUUUCCCAGGUGUUUCCAAUGAGGCACUGAUGCAGUAUGCCAUACUGGGAGUUGUUUUUGUCGCCGGUUAUUUCCUGGCAAGAAGGAGAUAUUCCAAAAUGAACUUCUCCAUAAAAAACCGUGGUGGAAAGGACAACCCACUGCUGCAGUAUGUCUUCGAUCACUCCAUGAGGGAGCAUCCAGCCCUAAAGAGCCUCAGGCUGAAGACAAUGGAGGACCCCAACAACGCCAUGAUGGUCGCCUGUGAGCAGUCACAGUUUAUGGCCAAUCUGGCAAAACUGAUAAAAGCCAAGAAGGCAUUAGAGAUCGGAGUAUACACAGGUUACAACACACUCAGCAUAGCACUGACUCUGCCUGACGAUGGAGUUAUGGUGGCGUGUGACAUCAGUGCAGAAUGGGCCAACAUUGGAAGAGCCUUCUGGAGAGAGGCUGAAGUGGAGAGGAAGAUUGAUCUGCGUAUACAGCCAGCAGUGGUAACUCUAGAUGAACUCCUUGAUGAAGGACAGGCUGAGACAUUUGACUUUGUCUUCAUCGAUGCUGACAAAACUAGCUACGACACCUACUACGAGAAGUCCCUGCAGCUGCUGAGGAAAGGAGGCAUCAUCGCCAUCAACAAUGUGCUUUGGGGCGGGAAGGUCCUGAGUCCGUCUCCUGAUGACGCAGACACUGUGGCCAUCGACAAGCUGAACAAGAGGUUGAUCAGAGAUAUUCGCAUCAGCCUCAGUAUGCUCACAGUGGGAGACGGCCUCACACUAGCCAUCAAACUGUAAGGCAGCUCUCUGAUAUGUUAAUGAUUUAUAGGCUUUAAGAAGUAGGAUACACAACGAGACUAUCAUCUUAGGUGAAGUAUUAUCUGGGGAAUGUGAUGGUUCCUGAAUCAUACUCAUAUAAGUCUCGGCUUGUUCUACUAGAAGUGGAUUUGGUGAUUACUAAACACUGUCUUGAUAUGAUCUCUCAUAACUAAGAAAUACAAUGUUUAGCGGACGUGGAUGUAUUUGAUUAAAAAAAGAAUA